AUGGGCCGCACCGUCCUGACGUCGGAGAUCGUGCCGCUCGGCCGGUAUCUCCGCGGCGCUGGGAGCUCUCCCGACGCUACCCUGGCAUCGGCCUCGGCGGCCCCUGGCAUCCAGUGCCGGAGCGCUGGAGGCGGCGGGGGCGCGCCCUCCGCGCCCCGCGUGGUGCUGCUGCGGGAGCACCGCCUCGAGGAUGAGAAGGAGCCGCGCCUGGUGGACUCGGCUCGGAGGUGGGCUUCGAAGGGGGGCCUGAACUCUGUCUUCGGCCAGGCGGAGUCCAGGGGCGGCGAGGCGAACGAGUCGUCCAGUGGGGUUGCAGUGCUCAGCCCCCUGCCGCUUCUGGAUGGUUUUGCGGCGCUGCAGGACGCCUUGCCUCGUGGCCGCUGCCAGGUCGGAGUGGUGAACACCGGGUUGGGUGUACCGCUGCACUGCAUCAGCAUCUACCUCACCACGAAGGUCGGGCUGGCGGAGCCGAACCUCUCCCACCUAGAGCGGCUCCUGGUCCAGGAGUGGGCCCGUCUAGUCCAUGGCGUGGUGGUGGCUCCUGACAGCCCAACAUUCGGGGAGAAGGUCCUGGACUUCUUCGUGGUGUCGCGCGUGCUGGGGAAUUUCGUGCGCAACGUCGACGUGGUCGAAGUGACAGCCAUUCGCGCGCACGCGCCAGUGCGGUUGCGGCUUCACGGACUCCACGCGGAAGCCAAGGUCAGGAGAGCCGUGCUCCCCGUGGCCUAUCCCAUCGUGCUGCCGCCGCCCACGCGCGCCGCCCCUCAGGAGGUCGGCGACGGAGCGUGGCCCUGGGAAGCCGGCGGCCUCCCUGGAGACCUGCACGUUGCGACGCAGGCAUGGUUCAAGAGGGCCGAGGAGUAUUUGUCCUGCUUGCACGGCUGCGGAGGCCGCAGGGAGGGACGCUGUCUGGGCCUCCGAGAGCAGCGAGUCCCCUUCGCCACGGAGUGGCAGAGCCAGCUGAAGGCGCGGACCUCGGCAGAGUACCGCUGCUUGGCUGGGCUGCUUGCGGCCAGCCAGCGGGCCGCCUCCCUCCAGGCUGUGAUGCGCAGCAAGGGGUGGCUGAGGUACUCCGCGCUCAACCAGCAGCUGCAGGUCAUCACCGCGUUCGCGGUCGAAGGCGGCUGGUGGCCGCAGUCGGGCGUGUUGGCCAACAUGUCGGUGGACAAGCUGCUGAAGGUGCUCGGCAGCGACUCGGCCUCCGCCUCGCCGUACCUCCUUCAGGCGUCCGCAUACGUGCGUACCGCCCAAGUGCGCCCCGCGGUCAUCGAGACGCUCGACGACGACUCGGGCUUGGUCCUCCCGCUCGGCGGGGACGCAGCAAUGGAGUUCCUCAUGCGGCAGUGGGAGCCGCUGUGGGUCAACCCAGACCGCGCCGACGAAGUCCACCCGCGGGAGUGGACGGGCCGGGAGUCCCACGCUUCUAGCUUGCCGCGGUUGCAG